CCCCAGUUUCACAUUUAGCACAAUAAGUGAGCAGCUGUAUUUCUUUUUUGUAAAUUUUGUUCGUUAGAAAUUUUUUUAAAAAAAAAUUCACUUGUUUUAAAAACGAUGUGCAGAGUGCAGCACAUUUGUGCAGCAAUGUUGUUUGUUGUUGUCCUCUUUUUUUUCUUCAACUGGGUUUAAACAAAUAGCGAUUGGUAAUUCCCAUUGUAACGCUCGUCCCCCAAGAAGACUAAAAUGCUAGACUGACUGCUUUUAAUAACAAUAAUUGGGCCUGGGCUUUGCGAGCAGAGAGAGGAAGCUCUAUUCAUUUUUUUUUGUUAUUUUAUAUUUGUAACUGUUCGAAUGGGUAAGAUGAAUGAGAGGGGGUCAAUGUAAAAAAAAAAAGAGGCUGAUUCGAAACCUGUAAAUAGCUGAAAGCUUCAAUGACUUUGUUGCAGGUUGGAUUGGAGGCACGUUUACAGGCACCUAUCACUACUAAAAAUGACUUGAUUGGAACAGGUUUAAAUAGCCGAAUAGGAUCAUGGCAAACAUUGAGGAAUAUGAUACAAACAGAGGGGCUAGGUUCUAUGUUUAAAGGUGUGCUAUCUCCAGUUAUUGGAUUAGCAGGUUUAAAUGCACUAUUAUUCGUUUCUUAUGGUUCCAUCCUGAGAUAUCUGGAACCUAAUCAAGAACAACAACCCACACUGUUACAAGUCUAUUUAGCCGGCGCCGGAGCAGGUGUUGCCUGUUUUUUCUUCUCAACUCCCACAGAUCUAAUCAAAAUUAAGGCACAAAUGGCCAAAUCCUCUAAAAGCUCUUUCCAAGUCAGUAAAGAGAUAUACUUACAAAACGGAUUAAAAGGGUUUUAUCAAGGCGGUGUAAUUACAAUGAUACGAGAUGCACCAAGUUAUGGUAUUUAUUUUUGGGCAUAUGAAGGCAUGAAACGAGUAUUAGAAGUGGAGUCCGGUGAUAGUGCAUGGAAACUCCUGUUGGCAGGAGGUAUGGCAGGAACAGUCUCUUGGGCAUCAAUCUAUCCUAUCGAUGUAGUCAAAUCACGUCUUCAAAUGCAGCAAAAACACCAACCUCAUGAAUCAAGCAGAUUGCUCAUUGAUCGUCCUUAUGCAUCUAUCAAAGACUGUGUCGUGCGGUCCUAUAAAUCAGAAGGCCCAUCUGUCUUCUUUAGAGGUCUCUGGCCAACUUUACUGAGAGGCUUUCCUGUAAACGCCGUUACGUUCUAUAUCUAUGAAAUUGUCAUGGAUUUUUUGAAAUAAUGCUUUCUUUGUUGUUUUAUUUUUUUAUUUAUUUAGUAAUAACACCUUUUUAGUCGUAGUAUACGCUUGCGUGAAUCGUCCCCUUAAGAAACUCCUGACCCCCGCUUUGAACAUACAUAUAUAAAUGACACUGAUGAUUUUCAGUACCUUUUUUUUUUUUCGGUGGCAAAUCAUCC